CCUGGCGUACGGAAGCCGCGAGGGUUCGGUGGCAACCAUGGCGGCGCACCUGAAGAAGCGGGUGUAUGAGGAGUUCACUAAAGUGGUUCAGCAGCAGCAGGAAGAAAUUGCUACUAAGAAACUUCGACUUACAAAACCAAGUAAGUCGGCAGCACUGCACAUAGACCUCUGUAAAGCAACCUCCCCGGCCGAUGCUCUGCAGUACCUUCUUCAGUUUGCCAGAAAGCCUGUGGAGGCAGAAAGUGUGGAGGGAGUAGUCAGGAUUCUCUUGGAACAUUAUUACAAGGAAAAUGACCCAUCUGUGAGACUGAAAAUCGCGUCAUUGUUGGGUUUAUUAUCAAAGACUGCAGGCUUCUCACCAGACUGCAUUAUGGAUGAUGCCAUUAACAUACUGCAGAAUGAAAAGUCUCAUCAAGUCCUAGCUCAAUUGCUGGAUACUUUGCUUGCAAUUGGCACCAAACUACCAGAGAAUCAAGCCAUCCAAUCACGAUUAGUUGAUGUAGCUUGCAAGCACUUGACAGACACCUCCCACGGUGUAAGAAACAAGUGCCUGCAAUUACUUGGCAACCUUGGCUCUCUGGAGAAAAGUGUUACAAAAGAUGCAGAAGGCCUAACUGCCAGAGAUGUCCAGAAGAUUAUAGGGGAUUACUUCAGUGAUCAAGACCCACGUGUCAGAACAGCAGCUAUAAAAGCCAUGUUGCAGCUCCAUGAAAGAGGACUGAAAUUACACCAAGCAAUUUAUAAUCAGGCCUGUAAAUUGCUCGCUGAUGACUAUGAGCAAGUGCGCAGUGCUGCUGUCCAGCUCAUCUGGGUUAUUAGUCAGCUGUAUCCUGAAAGCAUUGUUCCAAUCCCUUCUUCUAAUGAAGAGAUUCGCUUAGUUGAUGAUGCAUUUGGAAAAAUUUGUCACAUGGUCAGCGAUGGCUCUUGGGUAGUUCGUGUUCAAGCUGCAAAGCUAUUGGGCUCUAUGGAACAAGUCAGUUCUCAUUUCUUGGAGCAGACCCUUGAUAAGAAGCUGAUGUCAGACCUGAGGAGGAAACGUACUGCACAUGAACGUGCCAAGGAACUUUACAGUUCAGGAGAAUUUUCCAGUGGCAGGAAAUGGGGAGAUGAUGCUCCCAAGGAAGAAAUAGAUACAGGAGCUGUGAAUUUGAUCGAGUCUGGAGCUUGUGGAGCCUUUGUUCAUGGGCUGGAAGAUGAGAUGUAUGAGGUUCGCAUUGCUGCUGUAGAAGCUCUCUGUAUGCUGGCCCAGUCUUCACCCUCUUUUGCUGAAAAGUGCCUUGAUUUCCUGGUCGACAUGUUUAAUGAUGAAAUUGAGGAAGUACGUCUGCAGUCCAUACAUACCAUGAGGAAAAUCUCUAACAAUAUCACUCUUCGGGAGGAUCAGCUUGACACUGUCCUGGCUGUUUUAGAGGAUUCAUCCAGAGAUAUUAGAGAGGCUCUUCAUGAACUCUUAUGCUGCACUAAUGUUUCAACCAAAGAAGGCAUUCAUCUUGCACUGGUGGAACUGCUGAAGAAUUUAAGCAAAUACCCCACUGAUAGGGACUCCAUAUGGAAGUGCUUGAAGUACCUAGGAAGUCGACAUCCAACCCUGGUGCUUCCUUUGGUGCCAGAGCUCUUGAGCAUUCACCCGUUUUUUGACACAGCGGAACCAGACAUGGAUGACCCAGCUUACAUCGCGGUUUUGGUUCUUAUUUUCAAUGCUGCUAAAACCUGUCCAACAAUGCCAGCAUUAUUCUCAGAUCAUACCUUCAGGCACUAUGCUUACCUUCGAGACAGUCUUUCUCAUCUUGUUCCAGCCUUAAGGUUACCAGGUAGAAAACUAGUGUCAUCGUCUGUCUCCCCCAAUAUCACGCCCCAUGAAGAUCCUUCCCAGCAGUUCCUACAGCAGAGCCUGGAAAGAGUGUAUAGUCUUCAGCAUCUUGACCCUCAGGGAGCCCAGGAACUGUUGGAGUUCACUAUCAGAGACUUGCAAAGACUUGGAGAACUUCAGUCUGAAUUAGCAGGUGUUGCUGACUUCUCUGCUACCUAUCUUCGGUGUCAACUACUUCUCAUCAAGGCCUUGCAGGAAAAGCUGUGGAAUGUGGCUGCCCCUUUGUAUCUAAAGCAAAGUGAUUUGGCUUCAGCAGCAGCAAAACAGAUCAUGGAAGAGACUUACAAAAUGGAGUUCAUGUACAGUGGUGUGGAGAAUAAGCAGGUGGUGAUUAUACAUCACAUGAGGCUGCAGGCCAAAGCAUUGCAACUUAUAGUGACUGCAAGAACAACGCGAGGAGUUGAUCCCUUAUUUGAGAUGUGUGAAAAGUUUUUACAGGAAGUGGACUUUUUUCAGAGAUGUUUCAUUGCUGAUUUGCCCCACUUGCAAGACAGCUUUGUGGACAAACUUCUGGACCUUAUGCCCCGACUCAUGACAUCCAAACCUGCAGAAGUGGUCAAAAUUCUGCAGACCAUGCUGAGGCAGAGUACUUUCCUGCACCUCCCCCUUCCUGAGCAGAUCCACAAAGCCUCAGCCACUAUCAUUGAGCCAGCUGGCGAGUCAGACAACCCUUUGCGGUUUACAUCAGGGUUGGUGGUGGCUUUAGAUGUCGAUGCAACCUUGGAACAUGUGCAGGAUCCACAGAGCACUGUAAAGGUCCAGGUUUUGUAUCCUGAUGGCCAGGCUCAGAUGAUCCACCCCAAGCCAGCAGACUUCCGGAAUCCUGGCCCCGGCCGGUACCGACUCAUCACUCAGGUGUACCUUUCCCAUACUGCCUGGACAGAACCAUGCCAGGUAGAAGUGAGACUGCUGCUGGCCUACAACUCCAAUGCUCGCAUUCCAAAAUCCCCCUGGAUCGAGGGUGGUGAGGGGUCACCACAGGUGGAAACCAGCAUCGAAGGCACCAUCCCCUUCAGCAAGCCUGUGAAGGUUUACAUAAUGCCGAAGCCUGCGAGGCGCUGACUCACAAGCAGUCUUUACCACCUUGGCCUAGAAGCCCUUCUUAGGUACAGUGGGCCAGAAGCCUGGAGCACUUCACCUGGAAAUGGUGUGUAGCCCUAAGUAACAUGUGGUAGCACACACAGGACAUUAUUUUUUUAUUAGAAAACCAAAACUUUAAAUUUUACAACACCUCCUCCCCAUGAAAUAAAGCUGGAAAAAACACCAAGUUGUUCUUAUUAUUCUUAAUGGUUUUAUUAUUCUGAUCCUUAAAAAUUGUGUGUGGCUAAAGUUUCAGCAUUUAUAGCACAGGCUUGCUUACAGGUAUGUUCUAAGGUGUGAAACACAAAGAUCAAAAUUUCUAGCCACUUCCAAAAAACUGGUUAUUUGAGCCACAAUCUUGUUUCUUAGGACAAGCAUCUGUUUGGCAAGGGCAGCUUUAAAACUGACUUAAUAGCUGAACUUUUUCAGCACUGAAAGCUCCUGCAGGAACUUGGCCAGCCGUUACCUUGCUGAGAGGUCUCUUCUCUAACCCAGGUGGGUUAAGGACUGAGUGAAGAGCCUGAGAAUGAAUCACUUCUAUCCUGAGGGACAUUCUUGAUCUUGUUUGCCAUUAUCGUUAGAACCUCCUCCCUUUACUAAAGUAAUAUAGAAGGAUCCUAUUUUCCCACUGUCAUGGGAAGGAGGGAGCCAGUGAGAAUAAGUCAUUUGUGGCUACAUAUCUGAUGUGUGGAGCUGUGCGUGAGUUAAGGGCAGGUGUGAUGGAGCCAUGACAGUGCUGCAGAGGUGAACCGUGUGGCCGGCUGUACCGUGUGCUCUCCUGUCAUUUAAUCUUUACAGAAGGCGAAUGAGGCUGAGAUUAAAUCACCUCUGGGAAAACUAUAUAGUAAGUCAUGAGGCCUGUAUUCAUUCAAAUUGAAGCAAAAGCCACCACAGAGGAAGUAUAUGCCUACAAUGAUUUGAGUACCUCCCAAAGUUCAUGUGUCAAAUUUCAUUCCCAGUGCAACAAUGUUAGGAAAUAAGACUUUAGAAGAGCUGGAGAGAUUCUGAGGGCCUGCCUCAGGAAUGGAUUAAAGUAAUUAUCAGGAGAGUGGGCUACUUGUCACAACAGAUUUGGUGUAAAAGCAAUUUUGGCUCUUUCUGGUACUUGCUCUUGCCCUUUCUUGCCCUUCUGCCUUCUGCCAUAGAAUGAUAAAGCAUGAAGAUCCUUGUCAAAUGCCAGCAGAGCCAUGAUCUUGAACUACUGAGCCUCUGGAAUUGCAAGCCAAAUAAAUUUCUGUUCAUUAUAAACUGCCUCUUUUCAGGUAUUGUUGUAACAGCAGAUAAAGAUAAUAGCCGGCACCAGCUCUCUGUGCCUCAGUUUCCCCAUCUAUAAAAUAGAGGUUAUAUGUUAAGUAUUAUUGAAUGGGAAGGAUUAAACAGUGCUUGUUAGAAUCUGAAUUUGCAGCCAUUCUUGAUCAUAUUUGGUAUUUAGAGAGCUUUUAAAAAUACUAGCAGGUUUAAGGAUACAGGAUGACCCAUUGUAACAACAAGA